AUGCACUCACUAGGUCUGUCCACAAACGGUUCGGAGAGCGAGGCUCUGGCGCCGCCUGCGGGAGCAGCAGCAGCUGCGGUGGCCAACAUCGGCGGUGGUAGUUCAGAGAGCAACGGCGUCAACAACUUUAGCAAUGGCGACGCCCUAGGCAGCGGCGGCAGCAGCACUCAGACGACGCCCACCACCGCUGGAGCCGCCGGAGGCAGCGGCAGCAGCAAUGGCGUGGCCAACAACAGCAGCUACACAAAUGGCUCGGCCAGAGGAGGAGGAGGAAGGGCUGGUGGCAAUGAAGCAGAGGACGGCGACGAGGAGGACGAAGAGGAGGAGGAGGACUUUGAAGGGCGUCGUCCGUACCUGCGCAACGGCAAGCAGCCGCUCCGGCCGCCGAAGAAGGCGCCCGCCGCGCCCUAUGUGAUCAAGUCGCAGACGGACCGCGACAUUAUCCGCCUCAUUGGCCAGCAGCUGCACAUCAUGGGUUUGGGCAACACCGCCAGCCAGCUGAUCAAGGAGUCCGGCUGUCGACUGGACCACCCGACGGCGGAUCGGUUCCGCAGCCUGGUCAUGGGCGGCGAGUGGAGUCGCGCCGACGGGACGCUCCUCGAGCUGAAGCCCUUUCUCGACAGUCCCAAGCAUUUAGUUAUGAUGAAGUACCUGCUGCUGGAGCAGAAGUACCUGGAGAGCAUCGAGGAUGAGCGCCACGCCGACGCACUCAAGUGCCUGCAGUCGGAGAUUAAGCCGCUCAACUACAAGAAGGAGAGUCUUCCCAAUAUUUGCAGAUACCUCUUUUUAAAUUCAAUUGAUGAGCUCAAACAAGUUGCCAACUGGGAGGGCAAGGGGCCUGCCUCCCGUCAGAAGUUGAUGGAGAAGCUGCAGAACUUCCUCCCACCGGAGAUCAUGCUACCGCCGCGCCGCCUGCAGACGCUGCUGAAUCAGGCGAUUGAGCGGCAGAAGGAUCAGUGCUUCUUUCACAAUCACAACCUCGAGUGCAGCUGGGAGGACUUUUCCCUGCUGGUCGACCACUCCUGCAGCAAAGACGACUUACCCAGUGAGACGACGCAGAUUCUGGAGGAGCACCGCGACGAGGUCUGGUACUGUCAGUUCUCCAAUGACGGCACCCGACUGGCCACCGGCUCCAAGGACGGCACCAUCAUCAUCUGGGAGGUGGAUCCGGACACCCUUAACCUGUCGAUCAAGUACACCUUUGGCGGGCACAGCUUCGCCAUUGCCUUCUUCGCCUGGAGCCCCGACGACCACUACCUGGUCGCCCUGGGCCCCGAGGAGGCGGGCGAGUUCUGGAUCUGGGACUGUACUGUAAGUGACACCGGUCUGAUCAAGCACAAGGGCAACAACCAGACGGACGACAGCUUAACCACCUGUGCCUGGCACCCGGACAGUCAGAGGUUCGUCGCCGCCGGUACCAGGGGUCACUUCUACCAAAUUGACCUGGAGGGCAACAUCGUCGACAACUGGGAGGGCGUGCGCGUCCAGUGUCUGGCCUACAAGAAGGACGGCAGGGUGGUCCUCGCCGCUGAUACUCACUACCGAAUAAGGGGCUACAAUUUCGAAGAAGUAAAUGACUUCACACUCAUCAAAGAAGACCAUUCCAUAGUGUCUUUCGUAUGUGAUCGCACCGGCCGCUACGCGCUGGUGAACGUGGAGAGCCAGGGCGUCCACCUCUGGGACCUGGAGGACCGGGUGCUGGUGCGCAAGUUCCAGGGCCUCUCCCAGGGCUACUACACCAUUCACUCCUGCUUCGGAGGCGUCGACCAGGUCUUUCUCGCCAGCGGCAGUGAGGACAACAAGAUCUACAUCUGGCACAAGAAGCGCGAGCACCCGAUCUCAGUGCUGAAGGGCCACCGGCGGACGGUCAACUGCGUCAGCUGGAAUCCGCGGUACACGAACAUGCUGGCCAGUGCCUCAGACGACACCACCGUGCGCAUUUGGACGUCCAAGCGGAAGGCAGCGGACAAGGAGCAGCACGCACAGGGACAGG